UAAAGAAUCAAUACAUGAAAAAGAACCAACCAUUAAACCAGUUCAAGAACUAGAAACCACUAAAGAAUCAAUACAAGAAAAAGAACCAACCAUUAAACCAGCUGAAGAACUAGAAACCACUAAAGAAUCAAUACAAGAAAAAGAACCAACCAUCAAACCAGCUCAAGAACUAGAAACCACUAAAGAAUCAAUACAUGAAAAAGAACCAACCAUCAAACCAGCUCAAGAACUAGAAACCACUAAAGAAUCAAUACAUGAAAACGAACUAACCAUUAAACCAGCUCAAGAACUAGAACCCACCGAACAUUCAACACAAGAAAGGGAACCAAUCAUUAAACCAGCUCAAGAAAUGGAAAAAUGUACAGUGACACCAGAACCUACAAGGAAGAUAAUGCUUGUGCCAGAACCCACAAAAGAACCAGCACAUGAUGCAGGACCCAUUCAGAAACCAUCUGAAGAAACAUUGUCCCUUGAAAAAUUAGCACAAGAAAUAGAACCAACCAAUAAAUCAGCUGAAAAAACAGAAGAAGUGCCUAUCACAGAAACACUAGUACCAAUAGAAGAACCAACCGAACAAAUUAGUACUUUCAUAAAGCCAGCAAAAGAAACUCAACCCACAAGUGAACUAGGCCCAGAAGUAGAAUUAACCAAACAACCUUUACAAGAAUUAGAACUUGAAAAAGAAGUUGUAGAAACAAUAAAGCCUACAGAAGAACUUACACAAGAAGCAGAAGCUGGCAAAGGACCAGAAAAAAAAGAAGAACCCACCAGAGAACCUGCCCAAGAAGUAGAACACUCAACAAAAACAACACAUGAAAUAGAAAUCUCCAGAAUACCAGAUAAAGAGCUUGACCUCUCCAGAGAAUUGGUGCUAGAAGAAAAACCCACUAGAGGUCCAUCAACUGAAGCAGAAGAGGCAAAGGAGACAGCAGAACCAACUAACAAAGCAGAUCAUGUUGAAAGAACUGAGAAGAAACCAGAACCCACAGUGAAAAUAAAACAGGAAGAUAAAUCUGUGGAUGAGAAAGAGCCCACAACUGGAGCUGAAUCAGAAGAUAAAACCCAUGUUCUUCCAGCAACUGUAGAUAAAACUCAAGAAUCAGCUGAAAGUGGAACUUUGGAAGAUAAGGAAGAUGGAACGUCUGAGGCCACAGAAGAUACAACUGAAGGAAAAGAAAGAACUACGUCAGAAGUUUUAGAGGAGUUGGUUGUACCAGAGACAUCCAGAAAGUCUCAAGAUGAGAUUACUCCUGUAAUUGUUUCUGAAGACAUAAAAGAACUAUGGCUAGGUACAGAGGUGAAUGAAACACUAGAGGUACCUGUCAGACCUCCAAGUGAUUCUGAGAUAUUGGUUCCACUAGAAACCACCAAGGAGACCACUCCCCAAGUGGCUGAACAUGAACCUGUUACAGAAUAUGCUCCUGGAAUUAAGGGGGAGGUUGUCUUUGAGGAUUUGAGUAACACAACUUCUGAGGUUAUGACUGAAGUUCAUCCAGGGACGAUUUCAGUGGUAGAAACCAUCAAGCAAGUCACUCCUGAAGAGGUUCCGUCAAGCGAGGACGGUGCCCAGGCACCCGAAGAUGUUAAUGAAAACAUACUGGAGUCUCCAGCAGUAGCUACACCUGAGACCCUUGAAGAGUUUACUCCAGAAACAGUUGUUGAAGCCCCAACAGAGAGUACACAAGAUACAACAACAAUAGGAGAUUCUGCCUUCGAGGCCACAAUCAAGUAUGUGGUGGAAACCAACAAUGGCAACUUCCCAGUUCUAACAAAGAUGACCUACGAAGAAGAUGACAAUUUACUUGGAAACAACGGCUUCUUGUUGGAGAAUGAGCAGAACUCUAUCGGUAACGAGAUAGACGACACGUUGCUUCGACCCCCACGGCCCUUGAAGGACCAGGUGGUGGAGCUGAGGAUCAAGCUUAGAGGAGAAACUUACAACGAUGCUCUGAGGGACCCAACCAGCUUCGAGUACCAGCAGCUGGCCCGACAGUUCAAACGCAAGACUGAAGACAUCUUUGAGAAGCUGCCGGGCUUUAAGAGCAUCGACAUCAUUGAAUUCAGACCUCAGAAGGACCUUAAGCGGUAA